GCAGACUCGUGGUUUCAACAUCAACACGACGCCAAGAUCCUACCCGGCCACAGGCGUUCCUAAGACACAAUCGGUAAUAAUUGGCAAUGCUCAGUUAGGUAAUGACGCCGGUGUGGGCCACGGUCAGCACUAAAUAUAGUUGAUUUAUACGAUGCUGGUAGCAUUCUGCUCUCGCCUCUGCUCACCAAUGUCAGCCGACAGCUGUGACGCACAUUUCGUCGCACGGGCUGCCGUCGCGAUUUCCUCUCGUUCAACUCUGUGCUGUAAUUCAUUUCCGGCAUUUUGCUCUGCGAAUGCAAGCGACAGAGACAGAUGUGAGACAUAGAUACACCGGGCUUUCUAAAGAUUCUUUCCGACCAGUAUCCACAGUUCCAGCCUAGCAUGGCCCAAACCGCCGCGACUCGGCUCAUUGUGUGUGUCGACGACUCCGACUACGCCGAAGAUGGAACGCUAGGCCAUGGUAAUGCAAGCAAUCUUUUCAGGCUGCACGGCCUGGCAGCGACGGGGUCCAAAUCAAUAGACUGCAACGGCCGCUCCGUGAGCCAAACAGUGCGCUAUCACCAGGCUGUCAAGGCUACCGGCACGUUCGCGCGCCUGCAAACGCGCACGGCCGGCUCCAUUGACCAGCAAGUCAAACAUAUCAUCCAGGAUAUAUGCCAACGGCUCAGCGGUCCGCAGCCUGAGCUCUUCCUGUACGGGUCCGGCCGUGGCGGGUACAUAGUCCAGGUCGUCGCGUCGCUGUUGCACUUUCUCGGGACCCCGAAGUCCAUGGAUGACUUUGAUCAACUGUAUCAGACGGCUAUAGCGCUUGAGGGUGCACGGAAGCGGAAUGACGCCCUGAGUGGCGGUAAGUUGACGGCGUACCUCCAAGCACACUGCUAUGAACCCCCGAAGAUACAGUUCUUGGGUGUCUUCGAUGCCCUACGUACUGAGGUUGAGAAAUACGAAUACGAAUCAUCCUUCGUCGACUCAGUGCAGAACUUCCGUCACGCCCUCGCUUUUAGCGACACUCACACAACGCCAUGCGUAUGGCCAACACCUGCAGAGACAGAGAUCAAAGGUCGGUCGUUCACUCAGGCUUGGUUUAUGGGAGCCCACUUAGAUAUAUGCGGCGGCUCCGAGCACGACGGACUAUCUCUCUUCCCGCUUCAGUGGAUGCUCCUGGAGAGCAUAAAAGCUGGUCUACUCUUGAGACAGGAUCAGAACAGCGCUGCCACCUUGUCGUUGAUAUUUCCACAGUUUGCUGGUCGUUUACCUGACUUGGAGGCUGAGGAGAAGGCCCAUUGGCGCAUCAAAUAUGUCAAUGGUAUUGAAGCCACCAUGUUUGACCUACAGAGUGUUCAGCUUGACUCAAAGUCCGGGCCUAAUCAUUCUAUCCCAUCCAAACUUGGGAGCGGCAGUCAGAAAAAUUAUCGAAAGGUUUUCAGCAGGGAUAGCAAUCUCCUCCUGGGGUGGUCGUCAAAAAGUCCAUGUGGUAGCAUUAUUCACCCAUCGAUGUAUGCAGUGCUUGACCGGAACGCUCGGUAUUAUGAUCAGGGGAUAUUUAAGGCGAGGAAGAAGGAGCUCUCUGGCUUUCUUGAAUAUAUUGACGACCAGGACCAGCCUCACCCGUGGCUCGCGGGGCUCGCUUUACAAGACACUGGUGUGAAGGCCUUCAGGAUCCUGGUUUGUGGAAAGACAGGUGUCGGCAAAUCCACUCUGAUCAACAAGGUAUUUGGGGUCGAGAUGACAGAGGAGUCGACGACGUAUAGCCAAGGCGUGCAUGACAUCAACCAGGCUUUCGAGAAUCCGAACCACCCUGGCUUGCUCAUCCAUGAUUCACGCGGUUGGCAAGCUGGUAGUGACGCAGAACUCGAGGAGAUCGCGAAAUUUCUGCGUCAUCGCGCCUUUCAGAAAAACCCGGCAGAGGCUCUACAUGUGAUAUGGUUCUGCGUCAAUUCAGACGUUAGUCGCAUCGAGGAGGCAGAUAGGCGUACGUUCGAAAUCAUAGCUCAAUACUCUAGCGAUGUUCCCGUAUUUGUGGUGGGGACCAAGAAAGACAGGCUUAUAGCGUUUCGCAAGAUGGAACUUCUGGAAGAGUACAUGGAGAAGACGGGAGACUACAAAGAAGCAAACCGUUUGGCUACAGAGGAAGCCAACGAGCAUGCAGAGAAGCAGUUCUUGUUGCUCCGCGAUCAGCUGUCAAACCUCGACCAUUAUAAAGCGGAUGGAUACUCCUGCAUAUCAAAAGAUGACGACGCGGGUAUCCGCAAGCUGAUCGGUGAUACCGUCGACCUCAUCGCCGAUGAACGCGUGCGUGUUUUUUGUGUAGCAGCCCAAGUGGUCGACGUGGAGCAGAAGAUUGACCAAGCCAUAACAGAGGUUAUGCGGCUCGGCGCGCACGCGAUUCGCACGGCGAUGGUUCCACUCCCGGCGUCGGGACUAAUCGGCACGCCCACGGUUUCUCGAAUCCUAUGCGAGCAUGUCAUCCAGUGUUUUGGGUUUCCAAAGGUAACUCCCGAGGCAGUCGAGGAGAUCAUGUCCCAAGUGGUCAUGAAGAACCUCAAGAGCUUCAUGCGCGUGUCGCUCACUCAGUUUGCGUCCAUUAGCGCGAUCACCUUGGGCGCAGCGAUACCGUCAGGUGGUAUUGGCGUUAUCGCAGGCAUCGCCGGAUGCAUUCUCUCGACGCCCCCCACAGCACGAAUGCUGCUCAAGUGCGCAUGUGAUAUGAUUCUCAUCCUCGAGAGAUCCUUUCGCUAUCAGAAGAAGUACGUCUCGGUGAAACAACUAGAAGACGCAGCGGCGUAUUACACGACGGCGAUGACAAAGAAGCUAGAUGGAACGCCGAUUUUACUACAACAAAAUGUACAUGACCAGGUCGACAAUAUGAUCCCCUUGAGGAAAGUAGGUAUUGGGUUCAAAUUUGCCACACUCCGUUCCGGCCUGCAGGAUAUCAUCUAUAUGAACAGAUAUGAUAAGGAGUCUCAGUCUCAGCUUCCAAGCAGAGUAAGCUCGAAUCAGAUUCAGACACCUUCUCGGCUGCCAUCUCUGGACAAGCCCAACACUCCCACCCCACCCCCCGUAUCAGAGGCAUGGCGGGACUGGAAUGGUGAAAAUGUAAGGUCGACUCCAGCAUGGCAAAGUGAAAACACAAGGCUUUCACCGCCAUACAAGCCACUUGAUCCCGAAGCGAACAUGAAGUUUCUGGGUAUCACUCCAGUUGGACGGCCCGUGGCUGAGCUAGAUUCCAACCCCGCCAUAAUUCGAACUCGUGCAGCAGAGCUCCAUGGAACCUCCAUAUCUGGCAAGCCGGCCGCCGCCGUGGCAGAAUUGGAGGGCGAUUACGGUCUACCCCAGCAAACGCACCCAGACUACGCUUCAUCUCCGCGUCAUAUCCCCCAGAUGCCGAGCAUGCGGCUGGUUGGGACGCUCUACACACCAGCCGACGAUGCGGCCCCAUAUCAGCAAUGGCCGACAUCAAAUAUCAAUGGCAUCAUGGGCGCUUCGACUCCAGAUCUUGCAGCACGGUCGAGAAGUCCGACGAAUCUGGCUGUUAACACUUUGAGCCCGUCGACUGAAGAUCUCACCAUAAGGAAGAAGAAAUCCUCAUCAAACCUAUUGAAGUCUACCAUGGGGAAAUUUAGAUUUAAGAAAUCUUGAGGGAAACUAUGACUACAUUUUAGAUACCAACUCAGCGCAUGAGAGAAAAGGAAAUGAAAUCCCCAUAUAAAAUAGAAUUAAUAGCAGGAUAUGUUCUUGAAACGAUUGAUAUCUCGCCAGUCGGACAUGUAAGGCUACCAUCUGUAGCUCUGCAAAGCCUACCAGAGGAGUGUUUCAGUUGGCAAUGUUCGCCGAAAGUAAGACAUUAAUAAGCCUGCGAUGCGCGCAAUGGGUUUCAUAGGCUAGCAACACAUCCAGGGAACUGCUCUCAUUGGUAUGAAGUGGCCGGAGUGGUAAGCUGCCGUAUAACCUAAAGUUCGAGUACUUGAAAUCUACACCACGGUCUGGCUGGCCCGCAGUUCGAUUGCUUUAAUGAUUAGUUGGGCGAUUAGCAUCAUUGUUCAACCGGGGUAUGGUAGCUACUGGGUGGGUUGUACCUUUCUUGAGGCCUUUUGUCACACUAUUGCGCAAUUAAGCUUCCUGCUACUGCCCUAAACAUC